GCUGCUGCUGCUGUGUCCGUGGCUUCCCACCGCGGUUUUCCGGUCUCCUUCUAUACCCACGGGUUUUCCUUGGAUACCUAGCGGAUGCUAUCCUUUCCCUCCAGCGUCGCUUCAGCGUUCAAUGCCAGCCUUUGGGAAUGAUUUCUGUGUGUUGCUCGCUGUGAAUAUUCGGCAUUAAUCGGGGAGGGGGAAGCGGAGAAGAGCGUUGUUCCUCUGGACAUUAUUCGAAGUAAUGCCAGUACCAGACCAGCCCUCUGACACAGAGAACUCCAGCAUGUUGAGCCCGGUACUGAACGCCUCCAAUGGAGACGGAUCUGAAACAGAGACCACCUCUGCCAUCUUGGCCUCUGUGAAAGAACAGGAGCUGCAGUUUGAGCGACUGACGAGAGAGUUGGAGGCUGAGAGGCAGAUUGUUGCCACCCAGCUGGAGAGAUGCAAGCUGGGAUCUGAGACCGGAAGCAUGAGCAGCAUCAGUUCUGCGGAUGAGAAGUUUCGCUGGAACAACCAAGACGGACAGAAGGAUAUAGAGGAGGAGCUCACCACAGGCCUGGAGCUUGUAGAUUCCUGCAUCCGAUCUCUUCAAGAGUCUGGGAUUCUGGAUUCACAGGAAUUUACUGCAGGUGAAAGACCAGGCAUCCUCUCUCAGAGUGCUCUGCAGCUCAAUAAUCAAGAGGGCACCUUUCCCUAUCCAGUCAGUUACCAUAGCAACCAGACCCUGGCCCUCGGCGACCUGUCGGCCUCUCAGCCGCCUCGCAGUGGUCAGGUGGGAGGAGCCUUACAUAGCUAUAAUCAGGUGACGUCUAAUCGUGUUACCCAGCUGGCUGCCAGAGAGACAGCCGCCCGGGCCCAUUCUCGAGACUCCUAUGCCCAGAGUCAUGGCAGUGCAUUCCACAUGCCUGACGAUCCGCCAACAGCCCCUGUAAACUAUUCCUGCGCCACUCUACCAGCUCAGCGAGUGAGCUCUCCCUUUUCCAUGCAGGCUUUGGGCUCCCCCUCCAAACUGCAGAGGCUGGGCUCAGCCUCUGACAUGCCCAGCUAUGCCACUCUGGCACGAGUGUCGUCGCCCAAGCAGUCCCCUAGCCGGCUGGCCAAAUCCUACAGCACAAGCUCUCCCAUCAACAUGGCGGCGGGAGGAGGGUCGUCCUCUUCACCACUACACAUGGCCGGAGCGGGCAAUGUCUCCAACUCGUCUCCGCUACACCAGCUCAGCGCCGCCGUAGGAAGCUACGCCACUCUGUCACCCACCAAGCGUAUGUUGCACACCACCGACCAGUACAAGAUCUCUCAUGAUCUGUACGCCAACGCCACUCUCCAGAGACCGGGCAGUCUGGCAGGUUCCAGGGGUUCGUACAGCAGUCAGCACAGUCACCUGGGCUCCGAGCUCAGACCCCUGCAGUCUCCCGAGCACCACAUCGACCCCAUUUAUGAGGACAGAGUCUAUCAGAAAGCCCCCCUGAGGAACUUCAACCAAGCCCAGGCCCCUUCCUCUCCCGGUGUUGACUCCAUACCCUUACAGCGCACCGGAAGCCAAAAUGCCACUGGAACAUUCCCUCGUGCUGGUUACGCCACCGGCCCAGGUCCUUCCACCGCCGACUACGCCAACCCGUACCGCACACUGCAGUUCUGCCCGUCUACAGACUCGCCCUACAGCAAAUCAGGACCCGCUCUGCCUCCAGAGGCCACGCUGGUCAGGUCACCCUCGGUGGACAGCAUCCAGAAGGACCCCAGGUACGACCCUGAAUUCCUUGUCUGGAAUCAAAAUCAAGCCGAGCAAAGAAUGACAAAGGAAUUUGGCUGGAGGGAUCCGGAGCUGCCAGAGGUCAUCCAAAUGCUGCAGCACCAGUUUCCAUCGGUACAGUCCAAUGCUGCCGCUUACCUGCAGCACUUGUGCUUUGGAGACAACAAGAUCAAAUCAGAGAUACGAAGGCAGGGUGGGAUCCAGCUGCUGGUGGACUUGCUGGAUCACCGUAUGACCGACGUGCAUAGGAGUGCCUGUGGUGCACUCAGAAACCUGGUUUAUGGCAAGGCCAACGAUGACAAUAAGAUUGCCUUGAAGAACUGCGGUGGCAUCCCUGCACUCGUGCGACUCCUGCGCAAGACAACUGACGUGGAGAUCAGAGAGCUGCUCACAGGUGUGCUGUGGAACUUGUCUUCAUGCGAUGCUCUGAAGAUGCCCAUAAUUCAGGAUGCCCUGGCAGUGCUGACCAACACGGUUAUUAUUCCUCACUCGGGAUGGGACACCUCGCCCCUUCAGGAUGACCGCAAACUGCACCUGCAUUCCUCACAGGUGCUCCGCAAUGCUACCGGGUGCCUCAGGAAUGUGAGCUCGGCUGGAGAAGAGGCCCGUCGCAGGAUGCGUGAGUGUGAGGGUCUGACUGAUGCGCUGCUUUAUGUCAUCCAGACAGCCCUGGGCACCAGUGAGAUCGACAGCAAGACCAUCGAGAACUGUGUGUGCAUCCUGCGGAACCUGUCCUACAGGUUGGCGGCAGAGACGUCUCAGGGGCAGCAGAUGGGAUCGGAGGAACUGGAUGGGGUUCUGUGCACCGAUGCCAGCGGGAAGGAUGCAGAGAGCUCCGGCUGCUGGGGCAAGAAGAAAAAGAAAAAGAAGAGCCACGAUCAGUGGGAUGGUGUUGGACCUUUUCCUGACUCUAGUGACCCUCCGAAGGGACUACAGAUGCUGUGGCACCCGUCCAUAGUGAAACCGUACCUCACUCUGCUGUCUGAGUGCUCGAACCCGGACACACUGGAGGGAGCGGCUGGGGCUCUACAGAACCUGGCAGCGGGUAGCUGGAAGGUAGGCCCCACCUUAAAGCCUUGGUCUGUCUACAUCCGUGCUGCGGUUCGGAAAGAGAAAGGACUUCCCAUUCUGGUGGAGCUGCUGAGAAUAGACAAUGACCGGGUGGUUUGUGCCGUGGCCACAGCUCUCCGAAACAUGGCCCUUGAUGUCAGGAACAAGGAGCUCAUAGGCAAGUAUGCCAUGAGGGAUCUGGUACAUCGUCUACCAGGAGGCAACAAUAACAACAGUACUGGCACCGGCGGAUCUAGCAAAAGCAUGUCCGAUGACACCAUCACAGCGAUCUGCUGCGCUCUGCAUGAAGUCAUCACCAAGAACAUGGAGAACACCAAGGCACUUCGUGAUGCUGGCGGCAUCGAGAAACUCAUUGGCAUUGCCCGCAGCAAAGGAGACAAACAUACACCGAAAGUGGUGAAAGCAGCAUCUCAAGUUCUCAAUAGCAUGUGGCAGUACAGAGACUUGCGGAGCCUCUAUAAGAAGGACGGUUAUUCUCAGUAUCACUUUGUUGGCUCUUCAUCUACAAUUGAGAGAGACAGACAACGACCUUACUCCUCCUCUCGCACUCCAUCUAUCUCUCCUGUGCGGACCUCACCCAAUAAUCGAUCAGCAAGUGCCCCCACUUCGCCUCGAGAGAUGAUGAGCUUGAAGGAGAGGAAGACAGAUUACGAGUCCACUGGAAGUAACUCUACUUAUCAUGGAAACAAAGGCGAGCACACCUCCAGAAAAGACGCUAUGGCAGCUCAAAUCUCCAGUGGAACAUCUACACUGUUCAGAGGUGCUUACAUGUCUCCUGCUGAUGACAUCAAGCAUAACCAGGUCUCGGCUCAAGGCAACCCUCCAGAGGCCUACCCUCCCUUCCAGACUCCCCCAGGAGCCAACUUUGAGGAGCCGUACUACGAGGACCAAGCGCAUAAAAGGCCCCCACCUGCCGCAGACGGCACCAUGCACCUGGGACUGAAGUCCACAGGCAACUACGUGGACUUUUAUUCGGCAUCUCGCCCAUACAGUGAACUCAACUACGAGACGAGCCACUAUCCUGCCUCGCCGGACUCCUGGGUGUAGAGGCAGGCUUGAGGCGGCUGGCAAACAGACACCAGACCAGCAUGUGCAUGAACACUAGUAGACAUCUCACACUCGUAAACCUUCAGUUCGGUUCACUGCUCGCACCACAGUGGCCGGUGAGCACGGUUAGGAAAGUGCUUGGAGAUUUUAGGGAAGACGCGCAAGGAAUGCAUUUUACCAAACGGAUUGCUUGAACUUUAGCAUCGGAGGGAAUGAAAGCAGGAAAGCGGAAGAUACUAUAUGUGGCGCAGAGAUGGGAUAGUUACGUGAAGCACAAGAAAAUGACAUUCGACACAAGCUAAGGAAGUAGUUUUCACACUUUCUUUUGUUUUUUGACAUCUCUUUUGGUUACACCAUGCUUUUUACGGAGUGCUCCGGCGCACUCUAAGCCUUUGUAUGUUCUUGUUUUUAGGAUUUCUUUUUAUUAUUUGCUUGUUUUUGUACCUCCUUUUUAACUUCUUGAGUCUGGUGUAAAGUACUUGUUGUAUAUUACAGAUGUAGAUACAAGGUGCAUUGUGUAUAUUACGCAAAGACUUCAGUGUCCUCCCCGCGUGGCUCGAUAUAUCCUUUUAUUUUCCUGUAUUUUGAAAAAGAGAGCAAAAUACGGUCCCUAAACUUCAGCGUCCUGUUCUAUGGGUGAGAAAAUGCGAUAGAAAGGUUUUGCUUGCUCUAAUGUUAUUUUUUUUUUUUAUGAGAGGAAAUUACUUACUACUGAUGACAGAGCAUCACUGCCUGGACAGAGUUUACCACCAAUAAUAAGAACAAUUUCAGGCAUAUCUGUCAGUUCUUUUUCUGUCACUUUUUUCCAGCUGUACUGACGUAAAGACUGGUCAUUCCACAAUCCGUCGAGUGAUCUGUGCUUAGUUAUGUGCCAAAUGUGGUAAUCCCUGAGCCAAGGGGUGCUGUAGAGCUGUCGUUGAAGAUACGCUUUAACGACGAGUCACUCGUUUAAUCGACGCCCAUUUGUAAAUGCUUUUUUUUUUUAAAGAAAAAACGCGUUUGGACAGCAUUCACACUGUAAGAGGAAACGGAGGGACAACGUCUUUGACAGCUACUUCCCCUCCAAAGAUGUACAAUUAGUUGACGCUGUGUUGUAAAAUAGACAUUUGCAAAAUCUGCUUUUUUUCUUCCAGAAAAUCAGUGGUUCUUAAGCUCAUCGUAGACAAAUCUGUCAAUAGAGUAUGGAUAUAUAUUAUAUAAAUACAAAAUAUAUAUAUACUUUUUAUGUGCAGAUGUGGAUGUCACCUAACGCAGAAACAUUGCAAAGAAAAAAAAUGCUAGUUUAAAAAAAAAGCAUAGGGUUUUGUUCACCUUGAUUUCUAACCAGAUGUUGACCUCCUGUUGUCAUGUUGUUGCUGUGUAAAAGAGGCGAGACCAGGGCUCAGCGAGGGCCGAUGUGAUGGCGUGUCUAAUAUUGACUUGAAAAGGUGCUAAAACCACGCUCUAACACCUUUUGGCACACACCUUGCUACCUUUUAUUAUUGCGUUUUGAAUGUGCUUCAUGUCCUUAGCAAAACGGAUUCCACUAAAACGAAUAGCUUCGAAUCUAGAAGUAGAGCUGUGUGCGUUUAGACACACCUCUUGAUUUACUUUUUUUCUUCUUGUAGGUAAUUGCCUAUAUCUCAGGUCAUCUUAUUGCAAGAGAAGAUGAGUGAACAUUCCUCUUUUGACUGAAUGGAGAACGAAGAAUCAAACUACCCUGUAAUUUUAGCGAUUUUUCAAACUGUAAAUUUCAAGUCUGGCAGAGAGAGUGAGAGGGAAGGUCUGAAGCAAGCCCUGGUCUUUCCUUCAUGUCAUUUUACACUUAGGUAAUUGUCAGAUGCAAGGAUUCAGGAUGAUCCCCGAACUCACAUAUCUUCAGCACCAUUGAUAGUGAACGUCUAAGAACAAGCAAAAUAUCUGUGAAAAGUAGACAUAUCAGACAACCUGUAUUGAAGAUGUAAGUAAAACUUUUUUUUCUGUUGCUAGACAAAGUGUUUGAGAGAAUUGUGAACCUUUUUAAUGCCAGGUUGCAACUGCUAUAUAAACUA